UCCACCUGGGUUGUUUGUUGUUGUGGCCCGUAAAGUGUGUGUGAGUGUGUGUGUGUGUGUGUGUGAGAGAGAGCUUUCCCAAUGCUCUCACAUGAAAUAAACGCGUUACCGGUCCACCAUGAGUAAACUGCAGGUGCUGAAGGCGCUGGUGUCCGAGAGGCUGGCGGCGGCUGCGGAGGAGAUCUUCCUGAUAACAGAGAGGAAGAUGAUGAACUCCUCAGAAAUGAGCCCUGAGCAGCAGAGGGCGGUUGUACACAAGAAGCUGUCGGCGGUCGCAGACGAGAUCUUUCGGAUCCUGGAGAUAAUGAUGGCUGAAUAUGAGGCCGAGGUCUCCAGUUCCCACGGGGAGAUCGGACGUCAUCGCCAACUGCUGGACAUCACGUUGAAAACAGAGACAAAUUUACACACAGACAGACUGCCGCUCUCUGGGUCGGACCGUGAACAGGACAUUUCCUCUGAGCAGCAGAAAUGUGAGCAGGACAGAGGCUCCAGCCAGGUCCAGAAAACAUCAAAACUACCGCAGAUUAAAGACGCGUCGACGGAGACCGACUCUGAGUUAACCCACGGUAACGCCUCACAUCCUCACCGAACGCAAAGAGCGGAAAAGGGCACCUCAACUGUGACGGAAACAGAGACACGAGGAGAGCAGCGAGGGCUGCCGCACAGUGACGGGGAGGUUCUGUCAUCAAAAGAUUCAGAAGCUGGAAGUGAAGACAAUGAUAGUGACGAAGAGCUAAAUGAGAAAUCUCUCAAAUCAAACAAAAGAAAAACAUUUCAGGAUGCAGAUUGUUGCACAACAUGUGGAGCGCCUUUCCUCAAAGGGAAGAAAAUGAAAAAACAAACAAGAAAAAUGGCUCCAACGAACAAGAUUCAAACUACAGGACAGAGCUGCUGCAGAGUCUGCGGGAAGUUCUUCCGGUACAAACGCUCUUUUCUGAAACAUGUGCUCCAGCACGAGCAGAGUUCGGAUCUGUGCGGAGCCUGUGGGAAACAUCUGGAUUCCGACGAGAGCUUGAAGGUGCAUUUACGGACCCACAACGAAGAAUACAUCUGCAGGGAUGAAACCGACGACAGACAGUCGGAGGCAGAGGGCUCGGACGCCGAGAGCAAAGUGGGCGACAGCGAUGAGGACUGGAGGGAAAGCGAGGGGACUGACAGUGACGACGGAGAGAACGAGAAAGAUAAGACCAAAGAAGGAUCUUGUUUAGAAAAGUCCAGAACAAAACCUCAAGGAUCCAACAAACCUAAGGGAUCUAGAAAUAAGGAUUUAUCCCACCUGAAAUACCGCUGUAAAGUGUGUGGCAAGUCCUUCUGCUACAGAGCCUCUUUUCUGAAGCACGUGCAAGAAGACGAGAGGGACACAGAGCUUUGCGGCGUGUGUGGGAAGCGCUUUGAGUCCGAGGAGAGCUUGAGGCUUCACUUGCAAACUUACAUCCGAACAAAUGACUGCGAAGUGUGCGGCAAACACUUCGAGAGCCACAAUCAGCUGGAGAUGCACAUGAGAACCCACACGGGAGAGAAGCCGUACGUCUGCACCGUCUGCGGCAAAGCGUUCGCUCAGAACGGAAACCUGAUGGGGCACAUGAGAGUUCACACGGGGGAGAGACCGUACGUUUGCAGCGUGUGCGGCCAGAGCUUCAGCUUCAAAGAAUAUAUGAUGGCUCACAUGAGGAUCCACACCGGGGAGAAGCCAUUUCUCUGCAGCGUCUGCGGGAAAGGAUUCAGGCAGAGGGGGACUCUGAAGACGCACAUGAUGAUCCACACGGGAGAGUCCACGCACCGGUGCGGCAUAUGUGACAAAAAGUUCUACAAGAGCGGAGCGCUGAAGAUCCACAUGAGGUCCCACACAGGAGAGAAACCGUAUCUGUGCAACGUCUGCGGGAAAAGCUUCACGGCGAGCGGCUCGCUGACUAAACACAUGGGCGUCCACGAAGGGGAGCGGACGCACUGCUGCAGCGUCUGCGGCAAAGGAUUCUUUAGGAAAGAGGACCUGAAGAGACACGCUCAGACCCACGGGGAAGAAUCCACGCAACUGACGAGUCUUUAGUGCCGUUAUAGGAACGUUCAAUAUUUUAGGAAAUGCACAUUUGCUCUCUUUCCAAGAUUGAGACGAGAUGAUAUUAAUAGUUGUGGUCAUUUUUUAAGCAAAAAUACCAAAAAUUGCCUAAUUCCAGCUGCUUGGUUGUGAGGACUUGCUGUUUUAUUGUCUUGAUAUAUUUAUCUAUCUAUCUCGGGAAUGACAUGAUGACAUGCAGCAAAGGGCCAAAGGGGUUUUGGACUGUUGGACGAUAUUUUGUGUUCUCUGUGAUGCUGCUAUCUUGUCCAUUGGCAGAUGAAUUUAGUUAUAGGGCUGGGUUAAGGAUGUGGUUAGCUUAGCUUAGCAUAUAGACUGGAAACUGGGGGAAACAGCUAGCCUGGCUCUGUACAAAGUAAAAAAAUGUACCUCUAAAUCUGUAUUUUGACCACACCGGAUGGAAAGACAGCAAAUCUUUCCUAAAUGUUGGACUGUUCCUUUAAAGGGUACAUAAUCACAUUACAGUGCUGAAACUAGGCUAAAGUUAGACACAUAUUUAUAUUUGUUAUAUACACCUGGUCUCACGUGUUUAAAAAGAACCAUUUCUAAUCAUUUAUAAGAAAUACAUAACAAUCAUAUUUCCAGCUGUAUUCAGUGUAAACCUAAGAUUUAUUUUGCUGACUCACACAACUUUAACGAGCCUUCGUACAUCGACACCUCCUUCAGGGUUUUGGCACACUAAAGAUUAAAUCUUGAAAUAAAACAAAUGUUUAAUACACAUUUCCUGCAGAAUUUGACAUCAGCUCACUGAAACUGGUUCUGGUAUUAGUUGUGUGUUCAUUGUUAAAGCCUGCACUGAUGCCUGAAGUCUUUGUCGUUGGACACUUUGGGCGUCAAAUGAACUCGUAUCCCGACAUCUACAGGAGAAAGGUUGGCAAAAGUUUAACUGGGAACAUCUAACUGAGGCUUCAUACCGAAGUGCAACAUUUUCUGAAUCUUUUCAUUCAGAUAACACCAAAUCUAAUUGUUGUGUGAAGGGUGGGGAUUCAGAAAGUAACCAUAUUGCAGAAUGACUUAAAGAAAAUCACUUAAAUUAUUUACAGAAAGAUUAAGGAACCUGUUUAUGAUCUAUGAGAGCACCAUGACCUCACUUAUUACAACUGCUUUUCUGUUUGUUUGAGUUUUUCUAUAGAAAUCUCCAGUGGUAACUAACCAGUUUAAUCUCAGCAAGAUGUUAAUCAGUUUAAAGUUUUUCCUGUAAAUCAGCACUCUGAUGUUCAGAGUUUAUUUGUGUGAUUGACUUUAAACUUUUGGUUUAGUCUGAGAAGGUUUUGCUCAAUCCAAAAUCUUACAAAAAUUUACUGUUUCAGAUUUUCUUUUUUCUUCACAGUCUUUGUUUUUUUAAAUAUCACAUCAUUGAUAUUUAGAGAUCUAUUUACAAAAAUCAUAACAGUAAACAAUCCGACCCAGAAAUGCUAAAAACUUUAACAGUAUUCAAAGAAACAGUUCUAAAUCACUGAGUGUUUAAUGAUACUGUAAAUCAUAUCAGAUAUUAUUAUAUGCACGUGUUUUUACCUGAUCACAAGAUUAUGUUUUUUAUUUUAAAAGUAGAGAUUGCCUUAAUGGAGAGAUGUUACAAACAAUUUUAUGUGGAAAUAUCAAAUAUUGGUUUCCCCUUUUCUUAUAUUAUUUAUAACUUCACAGUUUUGUUAAAUGCAUUUCACAACUUGUCUUUUAUUUCCAAAAUCAUACAAGGUGGUGCUACAGUUUGUUUAAAACCCUCAAUAAAUGCAGGAAAUCUC